GGACAGUCCACACCAGUCAGUCUGUAAAGGAGGACAGUUUAUUGUGUUCAUCAGCAAGACAGACACAUGGCUUCAUGCUGCCUUGUUGUGUGUUGCUCCCUCCUGGUCGUGGGUUUCUAUGGAGCAGAUGCGUUUUUGUAUUAUUACCUGGACAUAUGUGUGUUCACCUCCUCUGAGCUUCCUGACAUAGAGUACAUAAACUCUUAUUAUUUCAAUAAGAUAGAAUAUGCCAGGUUUAACAGCACUGUGGGGAAGUGGGUUGGAUAUGAUGAUCAUGGUAUCUGUAACGCAGAGCGCUGGAACAACGAUCCUGCAGAUCUGGCAGACAGGAGAGCUCGGAAAGAGAGAUACUGCAAACAUAAUAUAGAGAUACAGUACCGAAAAACACUGGAUAAGACAGCUGAGCCCACUGUGAGACUGACUUCAGUGACGCCCCCUAGUGGUCGACAUCCGGCCAUGCUGAUGUGCAGUGUCUACAACUUCUACCCCAAAUACAUCAGUGUCACCUGGCUGAGAGACGGACAGCCGGUGACCUCUGACGUCACUUCCACCGAUGAGCUGGCAAAUGGUGAUUGGUACUACCAGAUCCACUCCCACCUGGAGUACACGCCCAGGUCUGGAGAGAAGAUCACCUGCAUGGUGGAACACGCCAGUUUCCCCUCUCCUAAGAAAGUGGACUGGAAUCCCUCCAUGCCACAAUCAGACAGAAACAAGAUCGCCAUCGGAGCGUCAGGUCUGCUUCUGGGUUUGAUUUUGUCUUUGGCAGGUCUGAUCUACUACAAGAGGAAGGCCAGAGGGCGUGUUCUGGUUCCAACCAGCUGA